AAAUGGCAGUAAGCAUUCAGACGAUUUUAUAACAUAUCGCUAUGAAAGUAUCGCGUUUAAAAUUAGUAUAUCAAAAGAGCACUCAGGUUUUUGGAAAAUGUCUUGGAGCCAGCGGAGCGGGGAAGGCAGCGCCUGUCCAGCCUGUCCUUCCUCGAACAAUGAGCAGCGCUGUCAGCUCGCCAGAUAAGAAAGAAGCGUGCAUCAUGGACUCCUGCAGCAUUAGCCCAAGUUGCAGAGAGCCUCGCGUGAUUAUCGUGGGAGCAGGAAUAGCAGGGCUUUCUGCUGCACAUCGGCUUACGCAAUGUGGAAUCCGUAAUUUUAUAGUCCUGGAAGCAAAAGAAAGACCCGGUGGCCGCAUACACUCUUGUUGGCUAGGAGAUGCUGUAAUUGAAAUGGGCGCCGAAUGGAUUUACGGCGCUUGUUUACCCAAUUCAGUUUAUACACUUGCUUCACAGGACAGAUUACUGCAAACACCAUUGCCACGUCAAGAUGCAUCACGAGGAUUAUUUUGUACCAGUGAAGGACGGGCCGUAGAUCUUCCAGUAACAAUUACCGCGUACCAUACUUUUCGUCAGAUUGAACAACAAGCUGCAAAUUUAUUUCGUCUUGGUGGAGAGAGAUGCCAUGGUACUCUACUAAACUUCAUUGGACUGCGUAUACAACAGGAAUUGUACAAUUUUCCUGAAGAUCAAAGAUAUGACGCUGCCCGGGUGAUGUUUGGCCUGACAAACAUUUUGCGCAAUCGAUGUGGUGAUGAUCUGUCUCUCGUUAGUGCUGAUCAAUAUGGUAGUUACAUAGAGUUGCCUGGCGGCAGUGUCAGAGUUCCUUUGGGUUACGUAGGAGUAAUGGCACCUUUGUUGCGAGGAUUGCCAGACAAUUGUAUAAGGUAUAACAAACCUGUCAAUGUUGUACGCUGGGGUUCAGGCCAAGCAGGAGAUGGUCGUGUUCUAGUAAAAUGUUGCGAUGGUGAAGAAUUGACGGCAGACUAUACAAUCCUUACUAUGUCACUCGGAUGUUUGAAAUGCCAGGCAGACAAACUUUUUGCACCGCCUCUUCCUGUAUGCAAAUUAGAUGCAAUAUGUAAUAUUGGAUUUGGUCUUAGUGAUAAAGUUUUUCUUGAAUAUGCCGAACCAUUUUGGGUAUGUCACGAAGGUAAUCUCAAAUUAGCUUGGUCUGCCGAAGAGUUACAAAGUAGUUCUGACUGGACUAGAGGGGUAUGUGCCAUUGAUGAGAUGCCUGGAAGUAAGCACGUGUUAUGUGCUUGGAUAUCGGGACAAGAAGCUGCAAUGAUGGAAACUAUGGCUGAUAAUGACGUUGCAGAAGGGUUGACGCGGUUGUUACGAAAGUUCACCGGAAAUCCGUGUUUGCCUUAUCCUCAAAUGAUGUUGCGAUCAAGAUGGGCUUCUGAUCCACACUUCUGUGGGUCUUAUUCAUACAUGAGUUGUUGUUCAACAGUUAGUCAUCAAUGUGAACUGGGUACACCUGUGCCCGGGCCUUGCGAUGCUCAGCCACCAAUAUUACUUUUUGCUGGCGAAGCCACCGUCCCUGGAUACUUCGCAACAGUACAUGGUGCAAGGUUAAGUGGCAUUCGUGAAGCAGAACGUGUCAUUCAAUUGACUAAGAAAUUUGAAGGUCCACCAUGUUGAUUGAUAUUUUGCUGUUUUUAUUAAAAUUAUAUUAACCAUGUUAUGUAAGUUUUUGUGUAAAA